AUGAGAGAAAUAUUCAACCAAAGGGUGUUCAUCGCCUUGUGCGGCGACAAAGCAGGACCAGAACCGCUCCAGUCAACCGCCACCAAAGAUGUGAUGGAGGGAAGGGGAACUUUUUUGCCUCAUCUCUCAUUGCUUGGGGCUGUUCAGUCGCGCCAACUUGGGGAGUUUCUAGACGGAAAAGGCAUUUCCCGCCUCGUCAGUUCUGACAAGCCUCAAGCCCUUGAAUGCGCCAUUUUAGCUCGGCAGCAGUUAUUGAGUGGAGGUCAGUUGAUGCGGUUGUCUCAGUUGCAGCAGCAUUCAAGUGUAUCUGCAGCUCGUGGUUUGCCUUCGAUUGAAGAGGAACAAGAACUGCAAGUUGAUCCAUCUAUUCACGUCGCCAAUACAGCAGCAGCAGCAACAGCAGCAGAUCUUCACCUCAAGGACGAAGGGCGCAGCGGCUCCGCCGGUACUGCAGAGACUCGAUCCACCCGAUCCCCGAUGGCAUCUCCCGAUCCCAUUCCCGAUCCCAGCGUCUUAGGGGAAGACGAGAUAGGGUGGGGCGCUUCUCCUCUGAAGAAAGCAGGUGUAUUCAACAGAGCUUUUGAUUCUCUUAGAGGUCUCUAUAACAUUCUCAACUUCGGGGCCUCCUGCUCUGAUCUUCUGCACGGCUGCCACCUCUAUAAAGCGAGUCAAAGCUGUAGCCCUUCGGGUUUUUUUAGCGAAGAGGCAAUGCAGCAGGUUGUAAAGACAGUGCAGCGGGACGACUUGGCGGUGAUUUGUGGUUCUGUAGAGGAGUUGAACAGCUGCUUGAAGGCUGUAGAAGAGCUGCGAGCAGAAAACAGAGAAGGACAGGAACUGCAGCAGCUACCUGCUGCUAAGAAUGUGGGGGGAAAGGGAGCGUUCUUCACCUUCUUAACUAACUGGCUGGCUUCCUGCACCCUCCCGGGAUCGGGAUCGGGAUCGGGAUCAGGAUCGGGAUCGGGAUCGGGAUCGGAUCCCAAGCCUCCUCCAGGCAGCGUGUGGGAGGUGCUGCUGCAGCGAGAUGCGCAGACACUGGCGAUCGUCGGGGCCCAGGUCGUGACUCAGGCUAAGACAGACUACUUAAGCCGCGCAUGCACUCUCAGGAUGCAGGAACCGAAAGAACAGGAAGAAGCAAAGGAGACCUCAUGCACAGCUAGCCAGCGUCUGGAGUGGGACUUUGCUUCCCUGGCAGACAGCGACGGGCGUGUAGCUUUAGAAGAAGCUGCAGUGUUAGGUGCGGUGUACGGGGCUGUACCUACUAAAGGAGAUCUGCAGCAGUGGAGACAGCAAAGAGGAAGUAAGCUGUCUCUUCAAGAUCUGCAGACAUUUAUUGCUCUCUUCAACGGCAGCAAUGAUGAUAUCGCAGUGCUCGCUGCCCCCUUCGCCAGGCUCUACGGUCUCCCCUUCAAAGACACAGUCAACUACCUCGAGUUUAUAUCUCGGGUGACGGCGGGUUGCAAUGUAUUAGAGUUGGCUGGGGUAUGCGAGGACCGCGUAUGUUGCAGUGUACGCCCACAUAGUGAAGAGGAAACGCAGCAGCAGCAGGAGCAGCAGCAGGAGCAGCAGCAGCAGGACCAACAGCAGCAGGAGCAGCAGCAGCAGCAGGAGCAGCAGCAGGCUUUUAUUAGUAUACCCCAUCAGAGGAGGUUAUAUCGCUCUUGGUCUUGUAAAGAAACGCUUCAGAAUUUCUUAGCUGUGUCUUCGUCUCUGCAAGCCUUUACCCCCUCUACCUCCAGUGCUGCAGCGCCUCCUAAGCCCGAAGAAACCCUUAAAAUUAAACCCGGGGCCUCGGGCUCUCUCAAGCCCCAAGAAGUCCUUCAAUUCCUUCAGAAUGAGGGCGUUGAGGGGCUGCUGCUAGAAGACAUCAAUGCUUUCUUUGACGAAGUUCCUGCUGCUGUUGCUGGGCUCGAUGAAGCCCUGCUGUCGGCGCUGCAGCACUUCGUUCAGUUCAGGCAUAGCCGCUUUGCCGAAGCAACAGUGAGCAGCAGCAGCAGCACUAGCAGCAGCAGCAGCAGCAGCAACAGCAGCAGCAGCAACAGCAGCAGCAGUAGCAGAACCAGCAGCAGCAGCAGCAACAGCACCAGCAGCAGCGAAAGCAGCAGCAAAAGCAGAGGCAGCAAAAGCAGCAGCAGCAGCAUAGCCAGAAGCACAAGCAUCAGCAGCAGCAGAAACGCGGAGCAGCAGCAGAAGCAGCAGCUGUUACAGCAGCAACCUUUGGUGAACGGCUUGGGCUGGCUGCACAUCAACGACGCCGCAGGCCUAUUCGAAGACUUCGGUUUUGAAGAGCUGCCUCUGAGUUUGGAGUGCCGGCAGUAUCAGCGAUUUGCGGGGACUGCGCAGCUAAACUAUCAGCAAUUUCUUGCGUUCGGCAGUUUUGUUUCAGAGAGGAGACAGCAGUUUAAAGCAGCAGCAGUGAGGCUUAAGAAAACAAACGAAGAGACACUUAAAGUAGAAUUUCAUCAGGGUGUUGCACUGGCCCGCCUUUGGGGCUUCACACCAACUGAAGCGGAGAUUGCAUGCAUGCAGCAGCACCUCCAAGAGCAACAGCAGCAGCAGCAGCAACAACAACAGCAGCAGCAGCAGCAGCAGAUGUACGUGAGUUAUGAAGAAUUGCUGCAAUUAAUUGCUGCUAUUCCUCAUAAAGAAGACAGACCCGAAGAGUUGACGCUGCUGUUUAAGCACUUCGACAUGCAAGAUCGGGGAUCGCUCCCUGCUGCUGUUCUCUCUCAUUUGCUGCAAACAUUUGGAGAGCCGCUUAAAGAGACAGAAAUUAACGCCUUCUUCAAAGCCCUCAGCAUCGGCCCUACCGACCGAAUCUCUUAUAAACAAUUUGUUGAGGCAGCGAUUGCCUCUUAA